CGUAAGGGAAUUCGGAAAUUAUUGUAUCAAAGAAAAACCAGCCGGCGUAAACAAAGAAAAUGGCUUCUCGAGCCGUGGGUGCCACGGUCCGAGCAGUGACUAGAACGCGAAUGUUGCCAACCAGAGCACCGAUUGUCAUGACUUCAGCAGCUGUACAGAAAGUUAAAGGUUUACUUGAAAAUCGACCUGAUAUGAUUGGAUUGAAGAUAGGUGUGAAAACAAGAGGAUGCAAUGGUUUAUCAUAUACAUUAGAAUAUGCUAAAGAAAAGGGAAAGUUUGAUGAAGAAGUUCAGCAAGAUGGUGUGAAAAUUUUGAUAGACGCCAAAGCUCAGCUAUCAUUGUUAGGAACAGAAAUGGACUAUGUUGAAAACAAAUUAGCUUCUGAAUUUAUAUUUAAUAAUCCAAAUAUAAAAGGAACAUGUGGAUGUGGGGAAAGUUUUAAUGUAUGACGGAAAAGUUAAAUCUUUAUAUUUAUAAAUUAUUUAGGUCGCUGUGAUUACUUUGCAAAAUAAAUAUCAUUUUUUUGUUAACAAUCUGACAGUUUUUUUAAAUUUUGGAUGCAUAUAAAUAUAUAUAUAUAUAUGAUUUAUUAAAACUUUUGAUGUAUUAAAAUUUUUCUGUUGACUGUUAUAGAGAUUCUGAGAAUAUUCACAACUAUUUUAACAUGAACGGGUAACAUUUUCCCUUAAGAUUAGUAAUGCUUGUGAAGUCAUGAGUAUUUCUAUAAUUUAUGUAGUAUUGAUUUUUGUGUGCAUUUAAAAAAUGCUUAAUUUUAUUACUUUGUGUAAAUAAAAUGUUUUUAUUCUUAA